CAUUUAGUGCCCGAGAUGGGAGACCUGAAGUCAGGUUUUGAAGAGGUGGAUGGCGUGAGGCUCGGCUACCUCAUCAUUAAAGGAAAGCAAAUGUUUGCCCUCUCCCAAGUCUUCACGGAUCUGCUGAAAAACAUCCCGAGGACGACCGUGCACAAGCGCAUGGACCAUCUGAAAGUGAAAAAGCACCACUGCGACCUGGAGGAGUUGCGGAAACUCAAGGCAAUCAACAGCAUCGCCUUCCACGCCGCCAAAUGCACGCUCAUCUCCCGGGAAGACGUGGAAGCGCUCUACACCUCCUGCAAAACCGAGCGCGUCCUCAAGACCAAGCGCAGGCGGGCCGGCCGGGCCCUGGCCACAAAGGCGCCGCCGCCAGAGCGCGCCGCCGCCGCCAGCCCCCGCCCGGGAUUUUGGAAGGACAAGCACCAACUUUGGCGGGGCCUGAGCGGAGCCGCGCGGCCCCUGCCAAUCAGCGCGCAGUCCCCGCGCCCGGGCGCCGCCGCCGCGCGCCCCGCCGCCCAUCUACCUCAGAUUUUUAGCAAGUUCCCCGGCGCGCACUACCCGGAGGUCGUGCGCUCGCCUUGCAAACCCGAGGAGGAGGAGGAGGGGGGCAGCGGGGCCUCGGAUUCCAGUGAAGUCAGCUCGGAGGAGGAGGACUCGUCCUCAGAGUCGGACUCCAGCUCCGGCUCCAGCCAAGUGUCAGUGCAGAGCAUCCGAUUCAGGCGCACCAGCUUCUGCAAGCCUCCCAGCGUGCAGGCGCAGGCCAACUUCUUGUACCAUCUGGCCUCCGCCGCCGCCGCAACCAAACCCGCUGCUUUCGAGGAUGCCGGCAGACUUCCCGACCUCAAGAGCAGUGUUAAAGCGGAGUCGCCGGAGGAGUGGAGUCCGCAGAGCUGGGCCCCCAAAGCGUCUCCGGUGUACUGCCCGGCCAGCCUGGGGAGUUGUUUCGCGGAGAUAAGGAACGAUAGGGUAUCUGAGAUUACAUUCCCACACUCUGAAAUCUCCAGUACUGUAAAGAGAACUGACCUGACAAUUAACUGCCUGGCGGAGGGGGCCUCUUCACCUAGCCCAAAGACAAACAAUGCAUUUCCACAACAAAGAAUUCUCCGAGAGCCUAGGAGAUGCCUACAAGCAACUCCUGCCACACACUGUGCUGAUAACAGCACAAUAGCUGCUAGGUUCUUAAACCGCGAUUCUUCUGGAGCAGCAGCAAAUUCAGAAAAAGAUUCCAAAAUCCCUUAUUGUCCUGAAUUUGCUACGGAUUUGCCCUCUUCGCUAGCUGAUCCCGGAGUGGGUGCCGCAGCCGCAACUCAAGCCGAGAACCCGGGCACUGACGCCGGCGACAGGACAGUGCCGUUUCUGCACAACAUUAAAAUCAAAGUCGAAGACAGUAGUGCUAAUGAAGAAUAUGAACCUGACCUUAUUACGAAUAAGCUAAAGUGCGAGUGCAAUGAUACAAAGGGUGAGUUUUACAGUGUGACUGAAAGUAAAGAGGAGGACGCCUUGUUAACUACAGCCAAGGAAGGUUUUGCAUGCCCUGAAAAAGAAACUCCUUCCUUAAAUCCACUGGCUCAGAGUCAGGGCCUGUCAUGCACUUUAGGUUCUCCACAACCUGAGGAUGGGGAAUAUAAAUUUGGGGCCAGGGUGAGAAAAAAUUACCGGACACUAGUGCUGGGAAAGAGACCUGUCCUUCAGACACCUCCAGUCAAACCAAAUUUGAAAUCAGCUAGAAGCCCUCGUCCUACAGGUAAAACUGAGACCCAUGAAGGAACACUGGAUGAUUUUACAGUUAUAAACAGACGCAAAAAGGUAGCCAGCAAUGUAGCAUCAGCAGUGAAAAGGCCAUUUAGUUUCAUGGCAAAUUUUCCUUGUCCACCAUCACUCAUUAUUGGGAAAGAUGGGGAUUUGUGGCCGGCGUAUUCCUUAAACACCACUAAGGAUUUUCAACCUCCUCACAAGGCCCAUCCUAUAUGGAAAUGGCAGCUGGGCGGUUCUGCAAUACCUCUUCCACCUAGUCACAAAUUCAGGAAAUUUAAUUCAUAA